AUGGUGUUCCCUUAUCUGCAUCCAGAUAUUUUACCAAUAAUCUUUGAAUGUCUUGUAAAAACAUGCGAUCAAGAGAACCUAAAGAGUUUAUACCACUGCGUACUAGUCAAUAGGAAUUGGUGUCAAAACGCCAUUCCCGUUCUUUGGGCAAAUCCUUUUCGCUUUCUUACUGAAGACAGGAAAGCUAUUACCGAGGUUAUUCUCAUGUACAUGGCUUGUCUUGAUGAAAAUAAGAAAAAAGAAUUGUUUUUAGGCGCGAAAAUACCAAAGGAAGUUGCCAAAACUCCCAUGUUUAAUUAUCCUUCAUAUUUGAAGAUUCUUGAUUAUUGGGAGCUUGUGAAUUCCAUAAAUGAAACCACACGAAUUCUAUUAAAAAAAAUUGAUAGGACAAUAAUCUUUAAAUAUGACGAUGCUCAAAAUAUCUCGACAAGACUUAAAUCUUUCGUCGUAGAUUAUAUUAUCGAAAAUGCCAGAAUCAAUUCGUUAAUUGUCGCGGAUCAUUACAGGCAUGGUUUCACUCUUGAAUCGAUUGAUUAUGAGAGAGUCGCUGACGGUAGAGAUGGUAAAUUCUUUGAAAACAUCAGAAAACUUGACUUUGUAUUUGAUUAUCAGGAUAUUUAUGAAGUCUUUGAUUGGCUUCCAAUUCAUUGUAAAAACGUGAAAAGUCUUAGGAUUCAAAUGAAGUAUCAUAACCCAAUCGCGCUAUCGAUGAUCAACAAAUUUAUUAAAGAACUUCAAGAUCUCAAGAAGUUCAAAUACAGAUAUUUUUAUCGAAGUAAAGAAGAAACUGAUUGUGUACCUUCAAUAUCAAAUCAUAUCUAUUCGCUUCGAGUGAUUGAGAUUAGACAUUGCUGUCUUAAAGGAAGUAACAUUAUUGAUGAAAUUGCAAAGUGUAAAAAUUUGGAAGCACUUAGAUUAAUAUCUUGUGUAGGUAUGCAUUUUAAAGUAGCAGAACCUUUGAUUACAGCUGAUCUCCCUAAACUUAAAGAUGUUGAAUUGAUUGGAAAUGAAUCUUGCUGCAAAGAAGUAAUUGAGUGGGCAAAAGGGUUUCCGUCACAUGUUAUUGAUCAAAAUCGUAAUGGUUUAUAG